CCUGUGUGUUUGCUUUUCUGCAGCGCCACAGUUCACAGCUGCACCAGAGCGCUGUUGCGGCCCAUGUGAGCACAGAGGGCCAUGUUGCUAUCCCCGCAGGUCAAAGUCAGCUAUUCGGCGAGGAAUUGCACCAGGUGUUGCGCAAGCCGGAAAGAUGAACUUGGUCCAGGUGUACUGUCUCAGAACCGUCGAUGGUUCCUGAGCGUUGGGCUGGGAGUGCUUCGGUUCUCAAGCAGCAGGGCUUCGGCCAGAAGACCGACGGCGAGUCAGGUGAUUCCGCUGCGUUGGGAGGCAGGUGGUUUCUACCUUCAGUUUUGCCUUGAUGGCCGUCUCACAGAAGACAAGAAACCGAAAAGGAUAUAUGCCGUGGCAGAUACUGGGUCCCCCUUUCUGCUGGUUGCCAAGUGCUUGCGAGACGACUGUCCAGCAUACUGUGCAGAGGUGGGCUGCUUUGAAGGAGAAGGGCAGCCAAGCGGUGAUCCUGACAGCUUUGAAGGCUAUGCAUCCGGCCUUGUGGAGGUGCAAUGGCGCUCGAGAGGAAGGGUUAGCUUUCCUGACGCCAACAACACAACUCCCGAAUUGAGCAACAUACGCUUUGGCGUGCAGGGGCGCGUCAUCGGCUUUGGGGGAACAGGCAAGGCAGUCUUCUUUGGACUGAUCCGAGACCACAUGUCUGACGUAAAGCCAUCCUUCCUCGAGCAGACUCCAUUUAAGGUGCUGACCGUAGAUCUACGACACCCUGGGCGAGAAACUCUUGAACUUGCAGCAGAAAAGCCUGUCGCUUUAGGCGAGGCUUCUCGGACUAUCAAGUUGGAAGAUCCACAGAGGUGGGGUGAUCCUGUGAAGCACUACUGUGCCGUGGCGACAGUCCGCAUCGCUGGCCAGGCCAUCGCAGCGACAAAUAACGUGUCCCCGAGAAAGGUGUUGGCAAUCUUUGACACUGGGACCACCGGCGCCUCCAUGACCCGAGGCUUGUACGACGCAUACUUGCAGUUGGCGAAGCACAACUCAAGCUCGGGCAUGUCUUGGUCACAGGCUCGACGGAUGGAAGUAGUCUUCGAUUCCGAUGUUACCUUCGAGAUGCAGCGCGGCAAGCACAGCGCCUACGGCAUUGGCCUCGACCUUGUCACUCCGAUCGAUGAGAUGGCUUGGGCUGGGGUUGGUCCAUCUGAGUCCAUCGCCAACUACAAGGUUCCUGGGGGUGCGCAUGACGAGCGCCCCUUCGAGGCGCAACACUCUAGACGCUCCAGGAUGUUAUGCUGAUGGGACUUGGCUUUUUGGUGGGCAAGAAACUGGCUGUGGACACCGUGCGAGAUGAGUUGACGGUCACCGCCUGACACCAGAGGGCCAAAAUGAUGUGUGCCUAUUUUGGAGUUCUCACCCUGUUCCGCUUUGCAUCGCUUUGCCAAGUGUUGGGCAAAUCUCAC